AUGACCAGAUUUUUUUUAUUUAAUUUUUUCUUUUUUCUUUUUGUCUUUCUCUCUCUCUUUCUUUUUGUCUUCCCUCUCCCUCAUUGUCUCUUGUCUCUCUCUCUUUGCCUCUUGUCUCUCUUUGCCUCUUGUCUCUCUUUGCCUCUUGUCUCUCUUUGCCUCUUGUCUCUCUUUGCCUCUUGUCUCUCUUUGCCUCUUGUCUCUCUCUCUUUGCCUCUUGUCUCUCUCUCUCUCUUUCCUCUUGUCUCUCUCUCUCUUUCUUUGUCUCUCUCUUUGUCUCUCUCUCUUUUGCCUCUUGUCUCUCUUUGCCUCUUGUCUCUCUUUGCCUCUUGUCUCUCUUUGCCUCUUGUCUCUCUUUGCCUCUUCUCUCUGCCUCUUGUCUCUCUCUGCCUCUUGUCUCUCUCUGCCUCUUGUCUCUCUCUGCCUCUUGUCUCUCUCUGCCUCUUCUCUCUCUCUGCCUCUUCUCUCUCUCUUUCUCUCUUUGCCUCUUCUCUCUCUCUCUUUGCCUCUUCUCUCUCUCUUUGCCUCUUCUCUCUCUCUCUUUGCCUCUUCUCUCUCUCUCUCUUUGCCUCUUCUCUCUCUCUCUCUCUUUGCCUCUUCUCUCUCUCUCUCUUUGCCUCUUCUCUCUCUCUCUCUCUCUUUGCCUCUUCUCUCUCUCUCUCAACAUAG